AUGGAAUCGGAUUCCGACCCUUGGAGGAAUGAGGGUUGCUUUGAGCAAGUUAAUAAUAUAGCUAACGUCUCAGUCCCGGAUAAAUACCGAGAAGAUCAUGAAAGGCUUUCUCUCGAUCCACGACAUAUUGGUUAUAUUAUUCGUCUCGCUGAUGAGGGCAACUACAAAGAGGCGGCGUACAGAAUCCUUUCACUCCACACCAUGCACCCAAGCCACGGAGGCCGUCGAGAUGUGCUGCACGACGGAGGGCCUUACUGCCGGUGCUGCUGUGGUACUGCAGAAAAGUUGGAAGUCACAGUGCUUGCACAGCGCGGAGAAGCCGUCGAGCCCACGUGGCAGGUUUGGACACGCUUUCCGAUGAGGGCAUAUGGAACCCCCUAG